CUCGACUUCUCUCGCACCUGCAGACGACGGCGGCGUGCCGCGGGUACCUCCAGACGCUGGCCGUCGACGUGAAGCAGAGUUCGUGUCCCGCGUCGAUGGGCAUAGACAGGCAAGAGCGCUCGGAGACGGAAGAACAGCUUUUGAACCUGGUCGACGAAUACAAGUCGUGAGGUCCUCCGAGGGGGGGCCGCCUCCGAGCUCGCGUCGUCUCGAGCGCGGGGAGGAGAGCUUCGUCGACUGGCCACGCGCGCACGAGCGGCGGUCGAGGGGGCCAACAGUUCGCGAGCGUCGCGCACGUACAGAAAAUAAUAUACGAAAUUUUUGUCAGCUUGCAGGUGAUGAAGACGUGUGUGUGUGCGUAUUAAUUAGGAUUCAAUCGCUUUUUUUCGCCUCGGCGUUUGACUAGUCCCUCUAUGCGCGUCCACAUCAAGGGUGGCGUUUGGAAGAAUUCCGAGGAUGAGAUACUCAAAGCGGCCGUGAUGAAGUACGGCCUGUACCAAUGGGGGAGGAUAGCCUCGUUGAUGAAUCGGAAGUCAGCGAAGCAGUGCAAGGCCCGUUGGUACGAGUGGCUGGACCCGUCGAUAAAAAAGACCGAGUGGAGUCGAGAGGAGGACGAGAAGCUGCUGCACGCGGCCAAGAUUAUGCCGUGCCAGUGGAGGAGCGUCGCGACGAUGGUGGGGAGGACGGCGUCCCAGUGUUUGGCGAGGUACGAGAAGUUGUUGGACGCGGCUACUCAGCAGGUGCCGAUAGAGAACGACCCGCGCAACUUGAGGCCUGGAGAGAUAGAUCCCAAUCCGGAGAACCGUCCUGCGUUGCCCGACGCGGUGGACAUGGAGGAGGACGAGAAGGAGAUGAUUCAGGAGGCUAGGGCGAGGAUGGCGAACACCAAGGGCAAGAAGGCGAAGAGGAAGGCCAGGGAGAAGCAGUUGGAGGAGGCGAGGCGGUUGGCCGUGCUGCAGAGGAAGCGCGAGAUGAAGGCGGCUGGAAUUGAUAUCACGCAGCACCGAAAAAAGUUGAAGGGCCCGAAUUAUAACAGAGAAAUUCCGUUUUACCACGCGCCUGCUCCUGGGUUCUACGACGUGUCCGAGGAGAUGAUGAAGCCGCCUCCACCCAGCAGCUUGAAGGAGAUGACGAUGGUGGCCAGGGAGGCUUCCAGAAAGGCCGAACAGGAGGAAAAACAAAAAAAAAUUAGCCUCCUUAUGGAAAAGGAGAGGAAGUCAAAAGACCCUUUGUCGGCGCUAGAAGAGCUCAAUCGAGCUGCAGAGGCGAAAAGAGCUUCGAUUAUUCGAAAUUCCACUCUGAAUCUUCCUCCGUCUCAAAUCACGGAGGAAGAACUCAACGCGUUGGCGAAACUUGUAUACGAUCCCGAUCUCGAUGAGGCCGAUGACGCCUUGCAUCAAAAGGGUGACCAGGAGUCCGUGAAUCCUACUAAGGGCCUUUUGUCUUCUUACACUGGCUUGCUUUCUACGUCCGACGCGUCUCGUUCGACGGGUUCCAAACUCGCGGGUUCCGUUGCUCAGACGCCGGCGAUGCCGACCAGCGACCACAUCCUCAUUGAGGCGACCAACCAGGCGGCCAUGAGGAGCCUGCAGACGCCUCUUCUAGGCGGACAAAAUCCGGUUUUGCUCGAUUCCCAGUUCCAACUCGGAAAAUGGAAGGAUUCCAUUUCUACCCCGAAUCCCAUCAAGACCCCUCUUCUUCACUCAUCCACCCCGUCGUACAUCGCCGAGACGCCGAUCAGGGAUCGAUUGGGGCUCAACACGCCCCUCAACCACGCGUCGGAGUCCGACAUGAUUUCGCACAAGAAGCUCAUGAAAACCACCCUUCGACAGCGCCUGUCGAGCCUUCCCGUCCCCAAGUACACCGAGUUUUCCAUAGAGAUUCACGAGGACACGCCCGUCGUGCCGAUGGAUUCGGAGUCGCCGCCGAGGCCCGUGGACCUCUACGACAUUCAAAAAGAGCAGCAAAGACUGCAAGAAGAAGCUCGACGCCGAAUUUACCAGUCUUGCUCCUCUGCCCUCAAGAGGGGUCUCCCGCGUCCGUCCGUGAUACCCCCUUCGCUCUCGCAAAUUGAAUUCACCGCUCCGCCGGAGGACGACCUCAUCCGGUUGGCCGAGCACCUCAUCAAACAGGAAACGUUGAAAAUUUUGACGCACGACCUCUUGCACUUCCCGUUGCCCUCCACGCCGCCGAAUUCCAUACGCAUGUCGUCGCCGCUGGAGCCCGCCGACCCGGCUCAGUUGGAGAAGGCGGACGAGCUCCUGCAGGCCGAAAUUCGGUCCGUCUCUCUGCCCGACUCCGUGGACUGGGAGGGCUACUUGAAGCGCCUGAUCUACACCCCGUCCCUUCGCUCGUACGCCUACCACCAGCGCGCGUCCCACUCGAUGAAGUUGGAGUCCGCGCAGCACGAAUACCGCGCGCUGCAGUGCGCCAUUCACUCCGUUCAAAAAAUUGUUCACGGCUCGGAAAAAAAGCUCUCCCUCUACCACGGCGGGUACCUGAAGCGCUGCCAACUCAUAGAACAGGAGAUAUCCUCGCUCGCUCGCUCGCUCCUCGACUCGCACGUCAAGCUCGGGUGCUUCCAGCAGCAGCAGCGCCUCGAAAGCCUCUCCAUCCCCCAACGCAUCCAGCGAGCCAAGCAGUCCCUCCUGAGCGCCAAAGCGAGAGAAAAAGACCUGCAGGCGCUCUACCAACAGCUGUCGGACGAGAAGAAACAGUGUCAACGACUCCUCUCCUGAACCCCCCUCGCUCGAGACGCUCCGCUCCGUCCCCCGCGCGCGGCGAACUCCUCGGCGCCCCGUUCUCCCGCUCGUCCGCGCGACGCCCGUUCCGAAAGAAGGAAGCGAACGGCCGCGCCCCCUCGCGAAAAAAACGACGCUUCGCGCGCGACCGUUGGCCCGCGUUGAUCGCGGACCGCGCGCGAAAAGGAAGUCUGGCGUCGGUCCGAGGCCGGUGGCGGGUGCUGCGCGCCUCGGAGGAGCCGCGUUCGGGGCGCGGGAGACCCAUCCUAUCCUCUCUCUUUUUCUGCAGAGGCAUUUUUUUUGUUAGGCCUGGCCAGAAAAGGGAAAAAAGCACCUCUUUAUAUAUAAAGGUUCCGAGAGCGUAGAAGUCCUACGCGCGCGUUCUUGUCUCAUUCGGCGAGGCGCGCCGUUUUCCAGGCGA